CUCCCGGCCCCACGUGCUGGGAGCUGCUUCCGCCGGGGUGGUCUGCGGGCGCCUCGGCCAUGAGCGAGUUCCCGGCCGACGUGCAGGCCUUCCUGCGCGAGCACCCGAGCCUGCGGCUCCAACCGGACGCCCGCAAGGUGAGGUGCAUCUUGACUGGUCAUGAGCUGCCCUGCCGCCUGCCGGAGCUCCAGGUGUACACCCGCGGCAAAAAGUACCAGCGGCUGGUGCGCGCCUCCCCGGCCUUCGACUUUGCAGAGUUCGAGCCGCACAUCGUGCCCAGCACCAAGAACCCGCACCAGUUGUUCUGCAAACUCACCCUGCGGCACAUCAACAAGUGCCCAGAACACGUGCUGAGGCACACCCAGGGCCGGCGGUACCAGCGAGCUCUGUGUAAAUAUGAAGAAUGUCAGAAGCAAGGGGUGGAGUACGUCCCUGCCUGCCUGGUGCACCGGAGGAGGAGGAGGGAGGACCAGAUGGACGGUGACGGGCCUAGCCCGCGGGAAGCCUUCUGGGAGGCCACAUCCAGUGAUGAAGGGGGAGCUCCAAGUGAUGACAGCAUGACAGACCUGUACCCACCUGAGCUAUUCACCAGAAAGGACCUUGGAAGCACAGAGGACGCGGAUGGCACUGAUGACUUUUUGACAGAGGAACAGGAUGAGAAGGCAAAGCCCCCAAGAGAGAAGGUCACUGAUGAGGGCAGGAGAGAGACAGCCGUGUACCGAGGACUGGUCCAGAAGCGCGGGAAGAAGCAGUUGGGCUCGUUGAAAAAGAAGUUCAAGAGUCAUCACUGCAAACCCAAGAGCUUCAGCUCCUGUAAACAGCCAGGUUAAUAAAAGCCCAUGGCGUGAAGUUUCAAGAA